UCACUUUCUUUUCAUGUUCAUGUAUGUCAUACCCCUCCCGCCUCCCAUAGUAUAGUGAACUGUCAAAACAACGUGCAGCAGCUUUGUUAUUCUCCCGUUCAGGAUUUUAUCAACAACAUGGAAUCCCAAAAUCCAUCGGAAGAUAACAUCGAAUGUGCACCUGAAAGUUCAGCUCCAACGUUAUCCGAAGAUUUUCUAUCUGCAGAACAGAACUCGUGCAAAAGAGAAAGAAAGCCGAAGAGAAUUUUGCAAUUUUCUGAUGGCGAAAUGGUCGAAUACUCUUCGGAAGAUGAAGCCGAUGCCCCAAAAACCCAACCUCAAAUUUCCGCCGUAGAUCCCAAAUCUCUCAAUUGGGGCCCGUGGGCUUGGUACCAAACGACGUGGGUUGGAACAAAACUUUUGAACGGAUGUGAUUACGUCGGCGAGGCUUUAGCGGAUUUUUUGGGUAUAACAUCGCCAAAAUACCAAUUUGAAAUUGACGAGUAUCAUAGAAUGCACGCAGCCGAAGCAGAGAGAGCACACAGGCAGGAUGUGGAAAUGGGUGGCUGGAGUGAAAAUCACCAGAACAAUGUUAUAACAAAUGACAAAGCAACAAAUCCGGUGGAAUAAUCGAUUGAAAAAACGUUAUGCAUAAUCAGCUUUGCCCAAAGUGCCUGAAUAAGCAAAAAAUAUUCACAAUUGUAUGGUUUUCGUGCAAUUUUAAAUUUUCUUCCAUAAUGAAUGUUCUUCCAAUUUUGUUAAAGAAAUUUUGAAUAUUUAUUCAUUGCUACGCUAACCAUCAACGAAUGUGCUUUGUUGACAAUUCCUUGCACAAAAACAGUAAUUAUGAAUUAUUUAAAUGUAAUUAAAAAAUGUAAAUUACGCUAGCUCAAAGGAUCAACCUCACAAACUCUGACAAAGAAUACUGCAGUAUGAAGCUGUCAUUGAUAAGGAAAGUGAAAUUUGUAUAUAAAUUUGUAUUAUUAAUGGUACAAUAAUCUGUAUUUAUUACUAAAUAUAAUGCAACAGUCUUUGACAAUUAA